AUGCCUCUUAAUGCUCAAGCCAUCUAUCCUGCGGCGGACCCAGAGUUUGUCGCAUUCCCCAGCCGCAGAAGUGUAGUACACAGUACCAAGGGUAUUGUGUCAAGUUCACAGCCUUUGGCUUCAAACUGUGGUCUACGAGUCUUGCAACAAGGUGGAAACUGUGCAGUAAGUGGACACAGCUACUUGCAUAAUCCACAUACUGACAAGAUGCAUAGGNAUGCCGCCGUCGCAGUCGCAGCAGGUCUGAACAUGACCGAGCCCGGUAGCACGGGUAUCGGUGGUGAUAUGUUCUGCCUGUUCUACGAUGCAAAGACCAAGCAGGUUCACGCCUUGAAUGGUUCUGGCCGCGCUCCUGGAAACGCAACAUGCGAAAAAGUACGACAAUCUCUCGGUCUGAAAGAGGGCGACAGUGGCACAAUCCCCAUGCACAGUGCACACGGAGUCACUGUCCCCGGAGCGGCCGCUGGCUGGGUUGACGUGGUUGAGAAGUUUGGCAGUGGAAAGUUGAGCAUGGAACAAAUCUUGACACCUGCCAUUGAGCUGGGAGAGGAUGCACGACACUCUGCUAACACGUCGUCUAGUNGGUCGAAAGCCGAGAAGUCAAUCCGCGAUGCCUCGCCCAACUUCGCCGAAAUGCUAAAGAAGGAUCCCGAUGCAAAGGACGGUUGCCGCGCUCCAAAGCCUGGCGAGAUCAUGCGCAAUCCUACUCUGGCUCAGACCUUCCGCGAGGUUGCCAAACACGGAAAGGCUGGCUACUACACUGGAAGAAUCGCAGAAGAGUUGGUCAAGGUUGUACAAGAUUUGGGAGGCUUCAUCUCCUUGGAUGACCUGAAGAACCACAUGGACAAGGGCAGCGAGGAGGUCGACCCCAUUAGACUCAACUACCGCGGACAAGGCAUUGCAAAGUCUCACGGAGAGACAAUGCAUGACAAGAGCUCAGAGGGUGUCGAUGUAUGGGAGCAUCCUCCAAACGGACAGGGCAUUGUCGCUCUGAUGGCUUUGGGCAUGUUGCAAGAGUUGGAGAAGAACGGCAAGAUUUCCACCUUCUCCGACAAGGACCACAACUCUGCAGAGCAUAUCCACGCUGUCGUCGAGACUCUCCGUAUCGCCUUUGCUGAUGCCAACUGGUGGGUGGCCGAUCCCAACGUGGUCAAGGUUCCUUCUCAAGAGCUCAUCUCGGAAAAGUACCUGGCCGAGCGUGCUAAGCUCUUCGAUCCCAAGAAGGCUGGUGAUAUUCCUGACCAUGGCUCCCCUGCACACAACCACUCUGAUACUGUCUACUUCGCUGCGACUGACAGCGAAGGCAAUGGUAUCUCAUUCAUUAACUCCAACUAUGCUGGUUUCGGCACGGCUAUCAUUCCCAAGGGAUGCGGCUUCACUCUGCAGAACCGUGCCUGCAACUUCAUGCUGCAACCAGCUAACCAUCCCAAUGUCUACGCCCCCAACAAGCGCCCUUACCACACCAUUAUUCCUGCCCUGAUCACCAACAAGGCCGAUCAGAGCUUGCACUCUGUCUAUGGUGUUAUGGGUGGCUUCAUGCAGCCUCAAGGACACGUCCAAGUGUUGUUGAACAUGCUCGUCUUCAAGAUGACUCCACAAGCAGCUCUUGAUGCACCUCGUGUCUGCAUCGGCGCCGGUAUGCCCGACAGUGGUGAUGUCUUUGACAAGACUGUUUACCUGGAAGACGGUAUCUCAGAAGAGACUGCCGACAAGCUGCGCGCCAUGGGCCACAACGUUGAGAUUAUCAAGGGCCAUGGCCGAGGUCUGUUCGGUAGAGGUCAGAUUAUUAGAUGGCAUGUCGACCCUGUCGAAGAUCGUGGUGUCUGGAGCGCAGGCAGUGAUCCACGAGCCGAUGGUCACGCCGUUCCUUGGAUGUAA